CUUGGCGGUCUCUCGUGAAACCAGUUGUUAAUUGUACACCAAUCGAGUGAGAUACUGAGCUGCCGAAAACUCCCAACAGGAUGUUAUUGAUUUUAUCGCUUAUUUUCGCUACCAUCGGCUAUGUGCUGUUUAACUAUCAUCGAACCCGUCAGCGGAUGCUUAAAAUACGGUCACACUUUGGCGGCCCUGAUUCGCAUUACUUUUGGGGAACUAUGCCAAAGUUUGUUGGCAAGAGUAUACCCGAGAUAUUCGAGAUUGUGUCAGGUAUGCAUGAUAUUCACGGCGAAGAUAUUGCCAUACUUGCAGCUUUCAAUGAACUGGUGCUGGACUUAUCUAGUUCGAAAAAUGUCGAAAAGGUUCUACUGGCGAAGUCGAUCCGAAAAUCGUUUGCCUAUGAUUUUUUCGUUCCGUGGCUUGGCACAGGUUUGUUAAUUUCAACCGGCGAGAAAUGGUUCCAGAGAAGAAAGAUCAUCACUCCAACAUUUCACUUCAAAAUGUUGGAAAACUUUUUGGAAGUGUUCAACAGUGAAGCGGACAUUCUGGUGACCAAACUCAAGCGUCAUGCGGGAAAAGAUGAGUUUGAUAUCUAUGAUUACAUCACAUUGUAUGCACUGGACAGCAUUUGUGCCACUUCAAUGGGAGUUCAAGUUCACGCUCAGGACGACCCACAUAAUGAGUACGCAACGGCAGUCAAGCAAAUGAGCACUUUUAUAUUACGGCGCGUGUUUAGCGUUCUGCGUUCUUUUCCAUCGCUUUUUUUCUUGUAUCCCUACGCGAGAGAACAGAAACAAGUGAUUUCGAAACUGCAUAAUUUCACCAACUCAGUGAUUGGUCCUCGAAGACAAAUACUGGAACAGGAGAAAGCCGAUAACAAGGUAGCAUUCGAUGUUCAUGAAGAAGACAUGUAUUCAAAGCGGAAGCUUACGUUUCUUGAUUUACUACUGAACGUUACCGUAGAGGGUAAACCUCUGAGCCGUGAGGAUAUUCGAGAAGAGGUGGAUACAUUUAUGUUCGAAGGCCAUGACACAACCACAUCCGGCAUUUCUUUCACGAUGUGGCAUUUGGCUAAAUAUCAAGAUAUUCAGCAGCGGGUAUAUGAAGAAAUUAUUCGUGUUCUGGGAAAAGAUAAAACCGCAGGACAACUGACGAAUAUGCAGAUUCAGGAGCUUGAGUACCUAGAUAUGGUCGUGAAGGAAUCACUACGUCUGAUGCCUCCAGUACCAUUUAUUGGACGAACUCUCGUAGAGGACAUGGAGAUGAAUGGCAUCAUCAUCCCAGCCGGUACAACGAUUUCAAUCAAGAUCUACAACAUCCAUCGUAAUCCGAAAAUCUGGCCCAACCCGGAGAAGUUUGAACCGGAACGGUUCUCCAAGUCGAACGAAAGCACCCGUGGUCCGUACGACUAUAUACCUUUCAGUGCGGGAUCACGCAACUGCAUCGGACAACGAUACGCCAUGAUGGAACUGAAGGUGACAUUGAUUAAACUACUAGCUAAUUACAAAAUACUUCCGGGAGAGUCGAUGGCGAACAUGAAAGUCAAAUCGGACCUGGUGCUUCGUCCGGAUACGGUCAUUCCCAUCAAACUGUUGGAACGUUGAAUAAAAUUAUCUUUGUA